AUGGCAUCUGUGUUCAGUGUGCCAUUACUGAAAGCGACAACUCCUACACUCUUUAUUCGGGUUACAGAAGUUAGCGACGAAUCUACCACAAAUGGACAGUUCAAACCGUUGAAAGUGGACGCGACAUUUGAUGGUACCAUCUAUUCCAACCUCCUCAAUCAAGAUGACGUUGACUCGAUGUGGGAAAGUCGGUUUCAUGAUAGCGACGCGUAUCGUCACCGCAACGCCAUCAUCACCAAGCUCUUCACAACUCAAGGCAGCGAUAUCCCCUCAACUGUUCCUGAAUUCCAGCUAGGAGCGAUUUACCAAGAAGACGGCUCGAUCAAAGUGCUGCUCCGAACCACUGAUAAGCUCCCCAAGACUAUGGCGUCGUUCUACAUUGCCUCUACCGAUACUACCGAUAGCGAUAUAUUCCGUCAGUGGCUUGAAGAGGUUUGUGCAUCUCAAAAACGGACGCUGCUGACAGUGACAGUGCAACAGGACGACAUUCGGAGCUUGCAGUCGAAAGUGCUUCUUUUGGAGCACUACAACGCUUCAAUGGAGCAAGACUACCGUGCGAUUAUUGACGAUCUCAAAGCUAAGUUCUCCGAGGCGUUGGCUCACAAGAAACAGCGGAUCUGGGAGUUGAUGAAUGAUAAACUUCCCGACGACAAAUUGUUCGGGUUGAACCAAGAAUACUACGACCGCCACAAAAAGGGCGAUGCCGACACGUUUGUGGCGGCUGUCAAGCGUCAAAGAACCCAGCUUACGCCUGAUGAUCUGCCGAAGAAACGUAAACAGGCGCCGAAAGCUGAAAACACGCCAAUGCUUAAAUCGGAGACGCCGCGCCUCCAACUCAAACAGGAGCCCGAUGACUCGGUGUGGCCUCCUCCUCGGGUGAAGCUUGAACCCGCACUGGAGUCAGAAGCGGUGGUGGUGGCUGAUGGCGCCGCUGGCGCCGCUAAUGCCGUUGACGCUGAUAUCUCUACCGACAUUUCCGAUGCCGAGAGUGUCGCAAGUGACGGACCCCCUCUAGCGCCGCGCGCGCCCAGCGUGAUCGAAGAUAGUCAAAACGAUACCGAUUACGGCUCGGAAUAA